GGCAUAUUUUUUUGAUGCAAUAAAAACAUCGAUUUUGUGUUGUAUAUGUAUUUAAAUGAAUAUUCUAGUAGUUUGUUCGAUUAUGAAAACGAUAUUUACAAGUUUAAAACGAGAAACAAAGUUUGUUUACCAAACAAAAUACGCCGAGCGGAAGUUUGAAUAUUCAACAGAGAAGAUCACGUGACUUUCAAUUUCACAACAAGACAUGGAAACUGAGUCAUCUUCGUCAACUGCCGGGGAUUCUCCUGUACGUCGUGGUAGAGGGAGAUCUAGGUCUGUUAGAGGGAGAUCUAGAUCUACCAGUGGACGCGGUCGGGGACGGGGUAGGAUAUUGCGAGGUGGGGCGAGAGGAACAGAGAGGCAGGAAGACAGGCGGGAUUUCAUUGCCCUUAGGCAGACACAAAACAGAGAAGAAGUCGCAAAGAAACAUGUUCAAAAUAUGACGUUGGAACAAUGUCAAAACAUGCUGGUUCAAAUAGCCACUAGAUCCGCCAGCUUCAUAUUAGACAUUUUGGAGCAAUCAAACCCCAUGCCUGACACACCACAGCCACCUCGACCUGGAGUUCCCUCUUGGUGCACUUGCACCAGGUGCAGAGAUAUGCCAACAGAGGAGGAAAAGGUCUGCUGCAGGAAGACUCCAGAAAACUGCACAACUCUCUUGCCUGAUUUUCAUGUGUUGUGCUUGGACGAAGCUGUUCUCGCCUUGGCCAGACUAUACAGGGAAGAUGUGUUAGCUCUCCCUGCUGAUGAGAACUACAAUAGGGCCAACAGGCAUGCUGCCUACAGACAAUUCAUCUUGUGGACCUAUGGAAAGCUUGGAGCAGGGCAGAGGAAGGUCAUUCCAAGCUGUGUGGUGUGGAAAAUUAGGGACAAAUACCCAGAGCCUUCUGGACAAUACGUCGGAUUUCAUCCUGGGAGACUUGCAUAAUAAGAAACUUUUGUC